UUGUCUUAACUCUGGGUAUAAAGGGACUCUAGUGCGAGUGUCUCCGCCUUGCGCAAGGGAGCUUGUAUAUCAAAAUGUUUUCCUAGUGAUAAUAAUAUGUAGUUGAUCUUCCACAAUCAGUUGAAAUUUCAGUGAUUUUCCCAGAUACUUCAAAUCAAAAUGAGAGAACGCUAAUACAGAGCUUCAAACCUCUGUAAAUACUAUAUGAAUAAUGGGAGCAUUUUUAGAAAAACCGAAAACGGAGAAGCACAAUGAGCAUGGGUGUGGCAACGGUUUGUGCUAUGGUGUGGCCAGUAUGCAAGGGUGGAGGGUUGAAAUGGAAGAUGCCCACUGUGCAAUAACUGGAUUGGGAGAAGAUCUCAAAGAAUGGUCCUUUUUUGCUGUUUUUGAUGGUCAUGCAGGAGCCAAAGUGUCAGCUCAUUGUGCUGAACAUCUUCUUGACUGCAUUGUAACUAAUGAAGAGUUCAAAAACUCUGAUUUCAUCAAAGGAAUUAGGGCUGGUUUUUUAGACUUGGACGCUCGUAUGCGACACUUACCAGGACUUGCCAGUGGAGAGGACAAAUCUGGUUCCACAGCUGUUUGCGCCUUAAUUUCUCCCAAGCAGAUUUAUAUUGCCAACUGCGGAGAUUCUAGAGCUGUUCUCUAUAGUGGUGGUGAAGCCACAUUUUCGACUCGGGAUCACAAACCUGUUCUGCCUGCAGAGAAAGAAAGAAUUAUCAAUGCUGGCGGCAGUGUCAUGAUUCAGCGUGUCAAUGGCUCUCUAGCUGUCUCCAGAGCCUUGGGUGACUAUGAGUACAAAAAUGUGGAAGGAAGAGGGCCUUGUGAACAGCUAGUCUCGCCUGAACCUGAGGUGUUCGUCAGAGAUAGAGAUGAUAAAAAAGAUGAGUUUUUAGUGUUAGCAUGUGAUGGUGUUUGGGAUGUGAUGUCAAAUGAAGAUCUCUGUUCUUAUAUCAAUUCACGCCUCUUACUUACAGAAGAUCUCGAAUUGAUUUGCAACAAGGUCAUUGAUACAUGUUUAUAUAAAACAACCACUCAUUGAAUCUGUCUUCAAACAACUUUGUCCUGAUGAAGCCUACACUGUAAGUGCAACUGAACACGGAUUUUGAAACUUUACGUAUUAUUUUGUAAUAAUUUAUUUAUUUUUCUACAAUGUCAGCUAGUUGUAAUCAGAAUUGGUAAAUUUUAAUGAAAUGGAAAAUGCAUGUUAUUCCUGAUUUCAAGUUUCUCUGCUUUGAAAUCUUUUUCAUCAUCUUUGCUCCCCCUUCCCAUCCUGUUUCACUAUUCUUAUGAAUGUAUGAGUAGUCUCUGAACUAAAAAUGUCACCUGCCAUGAAUGGAGCAUUUUGAGACGUGUUUUCAAUUUCAUUCCUAAACUUACUUAACUUCUGCUCUAUCGGAACAUGUUCUGCUCGAAAUACCCUCUUUAUAGAAACUAUUUCACGUCGUUACUGUGCCAUAUGAAUUUCAGUGAACCUCGAUGACCAGUAUGCCAAUGGAUAAUUAAUUUAAAAACUUACGAUGCUCGAUUAUAAUAUAAGACAGUAUUCACAUAAUGCAGUCCAAGCGUUAUCAAUUCUUCAUUUGUUGACUUGGCUGUAUUUUUUGGCCAAUAGUGCAGACCUGCAUAUUUUGUGCAAUCUGUAUUUUACAGAUAUCAGCCAAAGAUAAAGGAGGUGGGGCUGGUAGAAAAUAUGAGUGUCAUAGUAGGAGUGUUGCCUUUUCGUUCAAAAACGAAGCUCUCCUUUGAGUGUCAAUUGUUUAUUUUGAGGGGUAACGUUUUUUCGAUUCAAGUGCAAGCAAUGUCUCUCAGUGGAGUGAUAGGAUGGGCAAAAAUCAUAACUCAGGCUCAAUAGCACUGAGAAAAGGGUUUAUCCACUUCAUAACAACUAGGUCCGAAACCCCCUCUGAUUUGCUUCAAAUUUGGUGUACAUGGUAUUUCUAUUAUUCUAAGAAACGAAUUUAAAGAAUUUUCCUUCCCAACAAUUCGUUGUAAUGUAACAUAGACCCAUAAUAUAAAUGGGACGAAUUCAAGCCGUACUCGAAAAAGCCGGCCCCAGCGAUUUUCAUUUUCUGUAUUUUCCUCUCUUUGUUCCUGAUGGUCCUUAGCAUCAAUCAACCAUUUCUUGAAGGAAUGUUUCUCAGCCAACUUUUUACACAGAUCUUGAAUACGUCAUUUAAAUUGAAGUACAAAUGAUUUUAAAAGCUUGAUUAUUUGGCCUCUCAUUGUUCCAACUAAAAUAUGUAUCUCAAAAACUUUUGUUUCAAUUUUCCAUUUUCCUCCAAUUCAAGCUUAAGAUAUAAGUUAACUUGCAAGUGACAUACUUUUCAUGAUAGCUAUUGGACAGCUAAGAACCUACAAAAAUUUGAAUUAGGCCAAAGAUCCUCAACAAUGACACAAACUAUGAUCUUUCUCAUGUUCAUUAGAGUACCUCAAUGACAGUGGCUUCAACUUUCGAUCUUUUUUGUCCGCUUGCAGAAACUGUUUUUAUCCGGUAAAAAACGUAGGCAUCGAGCCUCAGGCUGAUCCGUUUAGGUAUUGUUUAUGUGAAAACAGGGCCAUGUCUGCUGAAUGGCUUUUCAGACUGUUUUCACUCAAUGCCCGAACAGCCUAAAUGUAUCUCCUUAUUUACUGUUUUUCAUGGAAACCCUCAUUUAAACUUAUUAUAAACAUGGUGUGAAGAAAUUGACUAAAUCUAAAUUGUCUCACAGUGCUCAGAUUUCAAGAACUUCGUUUUCAGACUAAAGUACAACUUUUUAUGGUCUUCAAAAUUUUUCAAAGGACUCCAUUAAAAUGUAGGUCAGUGAUAAGUCAUAAAUAAUAAGUUAGGAUGUGUGUGACCCAGAAAACUUAUUUCCUCACAAAAAGACCGGUAUUUUCGGCCGAUUUUUUUUCGGAUUUGGACCUUUCUUAAAAGAAAUGACCCUAAUAUUCCUGUAUGUUGCGUACCCCGGACUUUCGGCUCAUUGUUUGGGGGAAAAAGUGUGUCUGGCACCUACACAGGCAAAGAGAUACAGUUAACUUCCUCGAAGUCAAACUGCAUAGGGACCAUAUUGUUAUUUCUACUUAGAGGGCUUUUUGUUUGUAUGAAAAAUUCGACAGGACCCUAAAAAAUUUGACUUAGGGAAAAAUUCCACAUUUGACUUAGAGGAAGUUAACUGUAGUUCGUUUUCCGUUGGCAAUAUAACAAAAUACAUGAUUAGUAGAAAAUGUUUAAAGUUUCUUGAAUAUGUUUACACCAAAUUUAAUAAUGCUAUAAUUUAAAUCUGAAAAUUUCAGUCAAAAGCUGCCCCUACAAGAAGAAGUACGAUGUAUAUUGAUGUAAGAAUGAAUCAGAAAAAAGGGGCCCCUCCAAGAAAAUUUGAAAUAACCAUUCAUAUCAGAACUUUAUUUAUUUAAUCAUUAACAUUUUUUUGUUAGGUUUAAUAUUUAUUUUCUCCCUAAACAUUGGGUACAAUACCUCUUUAGGGAUGUUUAGUACAAUUUUACUCACUAAAUCGACGUUUCUUAGGACUAUAAUGUGAGAGUAUCAGCUCUCUCAACGGACCAAAACUGUUAAAGCAAGAUGUAAUUUUCUUUCAAAAUAUUGUAGCAAUGUCAACGCAUGCCUUCAACUUCAUCUAAAAACGCUCUGUUUAAGCAUUUAAAGACCGGUGAAAUCUGGCCCUGUAAAAUAUUUAAAUAGUAACUGCAUCUGAAUUGCAAGAAAACAGCUUUUUCUGUCAACUUAGUCUCUCAUUUUUAAUUGUUGUACCUGCAGAGUUUAGUCCUUCUAAUAAUUGUUUAACUACAACUGGUGAGAUUGUCUCAAUUAUGUCCCCUCUUGAUCUGUUUGUUAAGCUAUCCAUUAUCACCAUUCAUGAAAAAAAGGAUCAAGCUCUCCUCAACUCCUACAAGUAGAUAAGUAUUUCAUUUCCGACCAUGAGAAGUAAUAUACUGAACAAGUCUAGGCGAUAAGAAAAAAGGGCCUCUUACUUUCGUUUAAAUCACAGCUGUGUAUAAACUCUUACCUCCAUACUGCCGUGGUGAGGAAGAGCAUCACUUCUCAAGUAGAAAAUUGUGUGAAAUGAAUAUUUUUGGUAAAUCAAAAAUUAUCUUUCAUUGCAAAUAUUAGAUGGAAAUUAUAUUGACGAGACUAUUGAACCUUAUGAACAUUUAAGUACGAGGAGCGUUCAAGAAGUCUUGGCACCAUCCUUGCCAUGAAGACAAAAAUUUCUGAAUUUCAAAAACUGAGAACAUGUAGAAAGACUAGAAUCAAUGUGACAAGUGAGUAUGAUUGCAUCUCAGUGCCCAAUUGAGCAAUUUUUAUUGGCUUGUUAAAAUGAGGGUUCCGUUUCUUGUUAUUUGAAAUUUUCAGUAAUUUUGAUAGGAGCAGAUUUUUACUUCGUAUUAAGUCAGUGAUAGGUAAUUUAAACGAUUUCAAAAUUGAUAAUUUUGACAAUACCACACUCUCCUUUAGCACAGCAGCUGAGUGGAGCUGCAAGAAAUAAGGAAUGGCAGUUCUUGAUCCAACUUUCUCAAGGAUUAAAAUCUAGGCUGAAACUGAAGUACCAUUUAUUUGAAUUGCUGUUUCCAAAGUCUUGUUUCUACUUUUUUCAAAGGAAGACAAAGUAAAAUUCUCGCUUGGAAUUUUGAAGAAUAUUUUUUGAAAUGUGUAGACAAACCAUCCUAAGUUUUUUCAUGAGUCGCAAACUGUUAGUCUUUCUUUAUCAUGUGACAAGAAAUGUGCCAAGUUGCAAAUCAAUAUCAUAAUUCUCCAAUUUCUCUGCAGACACAAGACAUUCAUAAUUUUCUGAUUUUUCUAAUCUUCCUGUAAAUUGAGAGAAGUAUGUAAGACUUACGAUGGAGACAGGCCUACAGAGUUUUUCUGACCAACGAAAAGGAUCUCAUGAUGCUUAAUAUUACUUCGUGUAUUUGUAGCGAUGAUAACACAGUUUUUGUGGGCGUAGGCUACACUAGCCUUGCCCUGAAAAUCAUCUUUGUCAAGUUCAUCAGUGACUGGUCAAACCUGUUUUCAUAAUUUUAUGAACCGAAAACUUGCAGGAUGACACUUUUAAUUUUUUUUACAUGGGGUGUCUCCAAAGUAGUGGGUCUGAUGCCAAUACUCUUAAAGAAAUGCAGCCAGCGAGUGGGCUGUGAUUACAUUCAAAAGAAACACUCUCUCGCUGUUAAUUUAUUAAUUGAGCUCAUUUAGUAGAAUAUUAUACUAUAUUUUGUUUGAAACAAACAAAAAUGGAACCCGAACCUGCAGGCCGAUUAUGAACGAUCGAUUUCUGACAGAAAUUAUGAAUGAUUUGGGGAUGCUAUCGAUUUAGAAAAGCAUUGCGCUUAUGGGCCGGUCAAAUCGAUAGGACACAAAUCAAUGCAAAAAUGCAGAAAUACGGCCCUAAAUCGAUCAGAAUCGCAAAAUCGCAAAUCGCAAAUCGCAGCGCAAAUCCUUAAAAUGUACGAUAGAACAAGCGGAAGCCAUAAUUCUGAGUGACACAGCUAUUUAGAAUUGGUGAAGUCCCUGGUGACUUGUUGCUCUAGGUAGCAAGUGUUUUAAAACAUUUUGAGUUGAACACAUAACUGAGAAGAACUGAUGAUAAACUAACCGCUUGCUGCUGUGAGAUUGGACUAAUUGAGCUUGUUAAAAGCUGAUUAUCCUGGAAUUUAGUAACUAUCAGGACUCUUAGAGUCCCCUCAUGAUUGCACAGUUAUUAUUGCUUGAUAAAUCAAUCCUUAAAGGGGCAGCAUAUCAAGAUAAAUAAACCUCUGGUUAGGCAUGCAGUUAUGUAGAUAUUUCUCUAUAAGGCUCUCCUAUGGGUUCAUUGUCAAUUGUCACUCGGACCCAUCAUGGAAACUCUUAGGGACAAAGAUAAAAAUCAAUGACGAUUCAUUUAAUCAGUAAGGAAUGGGAAAACUUUCUUCUCAAAUAGUUUAUGGUAUUUUAAUACUACAUGUGUUUUUGCACUGUUGGACCAAUACGCUAGUACUGGUUAGCUACGCUAACCUAAUCGCAACCAAUGAUCCGAUGAAUUACAGUUGUGAUGUUAUGAGCAACCAGAGGAUUUUGGAAGUGAAUUUCUUAAAUGGAGAAGUGAUAUUAUGAAAUCUUUGACACAUGGUACCUGAGGAUGAGAGAUAAAAUUACUAAUGAAAUCACAGAUGACAAAUGAUUUUGAAGCUGCCCGAAGAAGUUUAUCAUAAGCGGCGAUGUCUAUGAUGAUUACUCAGUAACGAACUAGUUUUCGAAAAUUAGAGCACGCACUUGCGAGGGAUUACACUACAAAUUACGGAUGAAAAUUUAAUGACUAAAUGUGAAUAAGGACCUCGUGUAUCACCAUUGAAUAGCUUUGAUCGGUAUUCAGAGAGCGGACCAACAUCUCGUAGAUCCGUCACACACACCACUUUCCGGUUUGCUAACCAUUUCUCCAAAGGAUAGAAUGUGAUCCAAAUUGACUGCCUUAUAAUGGAAGUAUUGUAAUGAUCUAAUUAGUUCGAUAAUAUCAUCAAAAAGUAAAAUAACUGACAAGAAAACACUCAUUCACCAAGAGACUAAGAGAGAAUACAGUGAUAAGCAGUACAUAAACAAACCUUUCCGAAUCAACCGUUCAUCGCGCGCGCUUUCAAAUAUUUUGAAUAUUACCGCGAAUAUUUAAUUUGACGGACUACAAAUCAUCAUUUAUACUUUUUUCAUUGUAAUUCUUUCUUAAUUUUCUUGAUUCUUUUCUUAUUUAUUGGAUCUGUUGUCCAAAAAACGGCGCUUCCACUUGUAAGCCAUUUUUUUUUUGGAAAUCGAUCGAAAAUCGAUAGGCCUUAAAAUCUGUCAGAAACUCCUAAAAUCGAUCAGAAUUCGAUCGUUCAUAAUCGGCUUGCUGUCACCGUUCCUAACAAUGAUUUUUGCUGUAUAUACUUGAAGAACUCUAAGUUUCUUCCUGCAGUCUCAAUUGCCUCAGGUAAUUUGUCAUCCUUUUCGAAGUAUUGUCAGUUGAAGUUGAAUGCAUUGUUUGAUUCUCACAAUCCAUCCAACCAAUAUCAUCUCUCAGAAUUCUUCAGAUGGAACAGGAACAAAUAAUCGCUGAUUAGCCAAGAUUUUUUUGACAGUAUACACAUUGUCAUUGUAUACACACUCCUUUUUACACUCACUCUUUUCUGUUGGUGUCAUUCCACGCCUCACAUAGCAAUGAAUCACAAAAUUAUAAUCUUUUUCUUUGCCUCCUUCUGUCACUCUAACACAAAUUCGGAUGGAAACAAAGCGCUGAUUACUCCAUCACAGUUUAAAAAGAUCGCAUUACAGAGAGUCCGCUUAUCAGCAAAAUUUUGCGCACAGCUCUUGGGUUUGUUAGCAUUGCUGGAGUUGUUGCCAUGUUUGUAGCUACAGUCAGCUGAUGACUUGGCAGCAUUACUUAGGCAUGCUCUGUAACGCCAAGUUUAUUCAGCUUGUAAGCUCUAAGAAAGUAGUUCUGAGGGAUUAUCUUAGGCCGGGGCAAAAAAUCUUUGGUAAAAAACCGGGGCAGUCUGUGGCGUACUGUCCUCCAGUUAAGUUGUGCUGCCACUGGCUCACAGUAGUGAAGCCAUUUUUGAUAGGCCUAAAAGAUUUCUUUUAUUUUCUCGUUCUUGUACGUUACUCCUUUCAGUUUCCAGUUUCAAAUCUUUGCGAGCUCCAUCUAUUAAUUUAUUUAUUUAUUUGCGUUUCCUUUGUCCCAUCCCCUUUUUCUCUAUUCGGCUUGUUUGUGGCCUCCUCCAACAACCGAAUAAUCUAGAAAGUGAAGCGAUGCUUCGGAAAAUGAUCAAUUUUUUUUAUCCCAGUAUUUGAAAAAUACCUCUUAUUUGCGGUGGCUAUGCCUGUACUGUUUCGACGACUAAAGCCAAUUUUUCGUUUGAUCUUUGAGGGUACACCCCCGUUUGCUUUGAGUGCAAAACCCAAAAUCUAAAGAGAGAUUUAUUUUCGAUUUUUUUUUCAAAAAAAUUUCACAAAAUAGGGAUUAUUUAACCAAAUGAGCACAACCAGUUGUCAAUUGGCAAAAAAUGAGUUGUUCUUUCGAAUUUAACCUCCAUCAGCUCGCAUGUCGCAUGCGUAUCUACUUUCUCCGGUCUUGGGACUUGGGGAUUCUAUGUGGGAUUUCAUUUCGUAAUAUGAUAAUUUUGAAUAUAUAGCUGUACUGUAUCAUAUGAGUCACUAGGUCAAAUGGCAAAUUUUAUUCAUAAGGAAUUGUGCAUUCUCAUUUUAUCCUUAGUCAUUUCGUCACGAAACUUGACCUCAUAGUUUUGUAAUGAACAGUUGGUACUUUUGCCUUUCUUAAUAUUUUUUCCCUGCUUGUAGAUAUGAGAGGUAAAAAUAGGCUCAAAAUUGAAUCACAGUUUUUUCUAUUUUCAUUUCCUCCCAUGUUCUCGCUUUAUUACUUUUGUGUUUUUCCCCACAAUUUGUAAAGGGGGGAGGAGGGGGAGGAGGGGGUGUGUCUCAUUGAAUGACCGACAAUUCUCUUCAAGGCCAGGGAAGUGGAAAGAGCCAAAGGAAAAAUGCCAAGCAAUUUAUGAAGACGUUCUGGAGGGAUCUGAUGAAAAAGUCUGGAAAUUUUCUUCCUGCUCCAUUUUUCUGUAUCUCUGGAGUGUUAAUCACUGUGGACUUAGGUUUCGGAAGAUUACAUUUUUGAUAAGGAAACUGAAAGUGUAAGGAAGACUCUAAUAUUACUAAACGGUUCACCCUUUCUCUCUGAUGCGUGUAUGAAAAUUACUUAUUGAAAUUUUUUAAGAAGGGGUCAGUUGAAGUUUGUUUUUCUCUUUUGUAUUAGGUAUUCUAAAAAAUCAGGCGAAUUGCAUUAUUUGUAUUUCCCCAAUUUUUUUCUUGUGAUGUAACCAGGAGGAGAGGUCACUGAAAAGUGCAUAAGAGUAGCCGUAAAACGAGUCAGAACAUGAGUCAAGAAUAUUCACCGUGCCCUGAGCAGAAAGGCAAAAUGACAAAAAUUCUAUCGCCAUAAAAAUUGGCUCUCUCUUGAAAAAUUGUGAAGUCACUCCUCCAGUCCUCUUGGUUACUUCUUACUUCUUAGAAAUCGUAUUAGGAGCACAUUUCAAGGGGAGUUUAGGCGUCUCCUCUUGAUCACCUGUAUCUCAUUAUAGACAGCAAUUUAUUAAGAGGACAUCGCAAAAGAUGUUCAGGGGUCUUUCCCGAGAUGAAAAAUUUGAAGAAACCUUUGUAGCCAAAUAUCUAGCAAAGUAAGAUGUCAAGCUCUAGUUUGCCCAAUUUUUUUUUAAAAAUUGAUACUUUCACAAUUUAUUGAUAAAAUGAUAGUUCAAUUAUCGUAACUUUGCAGUGCAGUGGUGUCAUCUCCUUUCUAUUUUAAAAUCUUUGUAAAUUCCAAAUAUUAAUUUUUUAAUAAAACGAAA